AUGGCCAUGGACGAGUUUCGCGACCCUGAGCCCCAGGAGUCCGCCUACUCGGACGUCGAAGUUGCGGCAUGGCUUCAGCGCAUCUCGCUGCCAACGCAAUACGCGCAAUACAUCACCUCGCCGUCCACUUUCCCCAAGACUGAGGAAAGCCUCCGCGCCCUGUUCCGCGGCCAGAUUACCACUUUCCCUUAUGAGAAUCUCUCGGUUCACUACUCGCCGACGCACAAGGUCGACAUCAAGCCUAGAUCGCUAUACUCCAAGAUGAUGGAGCCGCCGCACAAUGGCCGAGGCGGCUACUGCAUGGAGCUGAGCAUCUUCUUCCACCACAUGCUGCGGGGCCUGGGGUUCCACGUCUACAUGACGGGGGUGCGCAACCGCACGAGGACCGACGGCGUGCCCCAGGGUGAAUACCAAGGCUGGACACACAUAAACAACAUCAUCCACCUGCCCAGCGGCGCCAAGUUCAGCGCCGACGUGGCCUUUGGCGGCGACGGCCCGACCUCGCCCCUGCCCAUGGACGGGGCCGGCGCCGCGGUGCAGAACCUCGGCCCCCAGCAGGUGCGCCUCGUGCACGAUAACAUCCCGAAGCAGCGCCUCCGAGGGCCCAAGCUCUGGAUCUAUCAGUACCGCAACGGCGCGGACCGGGAGUGGAACUCGUUCUACAGCUUCGCCGAGCUCGAGUUCUUCCAGGAGGAUUUCGAGGUGCAGAACUGGUGGACCAGCGUCAAGACGUUGCACCGCUGGACCGUCCUCGUCGUGCGCUUCCUACGGCAGGGCGAGCCCGUCAGAUUUACCGAGGCAGAGGCGUGGCGGGCGAGAGUCGAUCAAAGUACCGGCGGCGACGAGGUGCAGGUCGUCGGCAAGGUCAUGCUGGUGAACGACGUGGUCAAGGUCAACAUGGGCGGGAAGACGCAGAUCGUGCACAAGGUGGACUCGGAGGAGGGUAGACGCCAAGCUCUCUUGGAUUAUUUUGGCAUUCGCUUGACCGAGGACGAGGCCAAGUGCAUAGAGGGUUGGGACAUGGCGCUGCAGGCCUCGUCAUCCUGA